ACAUUAGCACUAACAACACUUCCACCAACUUGUCAUUAUCAAAAACCCAUCUACAAAAGGUGGUUGGCCCCUUCAUUCCAUUUCAAGCUCUCACGCUCAACACAAAUUCCUCUUAUUAAACAAAUCUCUCAGUACUUACCUCUUUACCCAUUGCCGGAAACACCGAGAAAAAAAUGUGGCGUAUGCUGGUGGUUUUGCGACGGAAUCUUCAAAACAUCAAGAAAACUCACCGGGUAGCCGAUGAGAACAUGGUGAAUAACAAUAAUAACGGAGGCCAGAUGCCGAUUUUCAUUAACAGAAGGAGAUCUCAUGGAUCGUGGAAUGGUUUUUCUGUGAUUUGCAGCGUUGUUAGAGCUCCUCUUUCCUUAGUUUCUUGCUUGUCUCAACCCCAUGUUAACGGAACUGAUGGUGUGUGGGUAUCGAGUCAUGAGUUUGCUCAAAUUUCAGAGAUGAACCAUUUGAUGGUAAGUGACAGCAUGCGUUAUGCAAUCUUGAUGUAAAAAAGAAGAAGAUUUGAAGUACUAAAUUAUAGAAUUGUUUUCUUUCUUUCUUUUUAGAUCUCUUGGGACUUUUAUUUUUUAUUUUUUUUAAACAUCAGUCUUUUAUAUGGUAUUUGUAUGAAUGCUAAAUAUAUAUAUAUAUGAAGAAAUACAUAUUACAAUAGCUGUAAAUUUCGGGUUUUAAUCAUAGGGAACAAAAUCAUGAGUUUGUCUUUGUAUUGGGUGUUUGCUUGAUAUAUUUAUUUACUCUGGUUUUCAAGAUUUCUUAA